AUGGUGGUUCUCAGAAAAGGUGAUCAUGUAUGGUUGGAAUCCCCUUCAGGCAGUGACUUUAAUGUGCCCAUUGGGGGUGUUGUCAGAAUUUCAGAAUCAGGACAGCAUUUGGUGGAAGAUGAUGAUGGCAAGGAACACUGGAUCACAGCUCGGAACAUCAGUGCUGUGCGCCCAAUGCAUCCUACUUCCAUCGAGGGCGUUGAAGAUAUGAUUCGUCUUGGGGACUUGAAUGAAGCUGGCAUGGUGCACAAUCUCCUUAUCCGUUACAAGCAGCGCAAAAUCUAUACCUACACAGGCUCUAUCUUAGUAGCCAUAAAUCCCUAUGAAGAGCUGCCCCUCUAUACCAUGGAGCAAAUUGGACUCUACUGUAACAAGAGGAUUGGGGAACUGCCACCUCAUGUCUUUGCCAUUGCUGACAACUGUUAUUUCAACAUGAUGAGAAAUAAGAGAGACCAAUGUUGUGUUAUCAGUGGAGAAUCUGGAGCUGGGAAGACAGAAAGCACCAAGUUGAUACUGCAAUUCUUAGCUGCAGUUAGUGGCCAACAUUCUUGGAUUGAGCAGCAGAUUUUAGAGGCCAAUCCCAUUUUAGAAGCUUUUGGAAAUGCCAAAACAAUUCGAAAUGACAACUCAAGCCGCUUUGGGAAAUACAUUGAUAUUCACUUCAAUCAGGAUGGGGUGAUAGAAGCAGCCCGGAUAGAGCAGUUCCUUCUGGAGAAGUCUCGGGUGUGUCGCCAGGCUCCAGAGGAAAGGAAUUACCAUAUCUUUUACUGCAUGUUAAUGGGAAUGAAUCUGGAACAGAAGAAGAUGCUGAAUCUGGGCACUGCUUCUGAGUACACCUACCUCACUAUGGGUGAGUGCACUUCCUGUGAAGGCCGUAAUGAUGCCAAGGAAUAUGCUCAUAUCCGUUCAGCUAUGAAGAUCCUAAUGUUCUCUGAUUCUGAGCACUGGGACAUAAGCAAACUGCUUGCAGCUAUUUUGCACCUGGGGAAUGUGGAAUUUGAAGCUGCUGUGUGUGAAAACUUGGAUUGCUGUACUGUACUGGAUUCUGCACACUUUUCUAUUGCAACCAAACUACUUGAGGUGGAUUCUGGGGAACUCCACAGCAGCCUUACAAACCACUCCAUCAUCAUUCGAGGGGAAAGUGUUUCCAUGUCCCUAAGUGUGGCCCAAGCUGCUGAUGUGAGAGAUGCCUUUGUAAAGGCGAUCUAUGGCUUCCUCUUCCUUUGGAUAGUGAAUAAGAUCAAUGCUGCCAUUUACAACCCCCCUUCUCAAGAUCAGAAAAACAUACGCAGGUCCAUUGGGCUACUGGACAUCUUUGGCUUUGAAAAUUUUAACUCAAACAGUUUUGAGCAGCUGUGCAUCAACUUUGCCAAUGAGCACCUCCAGCAGUUCUUUGUAGUCAACAUCUUCAAAUUAGAGCAGGAGGAAUAUUUGGCUGAGCAUAUCACCUGGGAUCAUAUUGAUUUCACUGACAACUGUGCAGCUUUGGAAGUGAUUGCACUCAGACCCAUGAAUAUUGUGUCACUUAUUGACGAGGAAAGCCGGUUUCCUAAGGGAACAGACACAACCAUGCUAAAUAAAAUCAACUCUCAUCAUGGCAGAAGCAAGAUCUAUCUUCCCCCAAGGAGCGUCCAUGAUACAGUUUUUGGUAUCAACCAUUUUGCAGGUGUUGUUUAUUACCAGUCAAAAGGUUUUCUUGAGAAAAAUCGUGACAUGCUUAGCUCGGACAUAAUGCAGUUGGUUCAUUCAUCCAAAAACAAAUUUCUGAGACAGCUCUUCCAAGUAGACACAGCCACAAAUGUGGUGCCUUUUGGCCGUGGGAGUAUCAGACAUCUCAGAGUGGAUCCCCUCAAGUCAUUGACCUGCCAUGCCUUUGUUCAGUCCAGAACAUCACCUCCUGCUUUUAGACAGGGAUCCGAUCCCAACAAACGCCUGCCUACGCUAGGGGGCCAGUUCAAACAGUCUCUGGAACAGCUGAUGAAGAUCUUGGGUAACUGCCAGCCAUAUUUUAUCCGCUGUAUCAAACCCAAUGACUCCAAGAUGCCUAUGCACUUUGACCGAGACCUCUGCAUCCAACAGCUGCGCUACUCUGGGAUGAUGGAAACCAUUCACAUUAGGAAAUCUGGCUAUCCAAUUCGUUACACUUUUGCAGAUUUCUUUAAGAGAUACAAAGUCCUGCAGCCAGUGUCAGCUCAAGAACAGCUGAAGAUGGAUGCUCGCCAGUGUUGCAUUUACAUCUGUGAGAACUUGAUAGGAAAAGACAAUGAGUGGAAAAUUGGAAGAACUAAAAUUUUCCUAAAAGACUACCAUGAUACAGUACUGGAGGUGCAGCGAGACAAAGCACUCUCAGAGAAAGCCAUCCUAAUUCAGAAAAUAUUGAGGGGAUACAAAGACAGAAAACAGUUUCUGAAACAGAGACACUCUGCUGUGGUUAUUCAAACAGCCUGGAGGGGCUACUGCUGUCGGAAGAACUUCAAAAUGAUCAUGCUGGGCUUCGAGCGCCUGCAAGCCCUUUUCCGGAGCAGACAGCUUGUGAAGCAGUACGAGACAGCCCGAGCAAGUGUGAUUAAGUUCCAGGCUUUGUGUCGAGGCUACCUCAUGCGCCAGAAGACAAGCGAACAGCGAAAAGCUGUUCGUGUGAUACAGGCUUAUGCCAGGGGGAUGCUGGCUCGCAGGAGUUUCCAUAGAAUGAGGAGACAGGUCGUGAAUGCUGCUAAGAUGAAAAAGCAGGACAAAAAACAGGAGGCACUAUAUGAUCCCAUCAGUGACCAGGAAAUGGUGGAUAGAGUGUUCGGCUUCUUACCUCCUUUAAUUGGAGGGCAGGAAGGGGAGGCUCCCCUGGGCUUUGAGGACCUGGAAACAAAGACACAGACACACAAGCUGAAUGAGGUGGACCUGGAUACGAUACCUAUGACCAUGGAGCUGGAAGAGGAGGAGACCGAUGACCUAGCAGAUUAUACAUUCCCCAAAUUUGCAGCCACUUACUUCCAGGGUUCUGCUACAUAUACACAUAUUCGACGACCCCUGCGCCAUCCCCUGCUCUAUCAUGAUGAAAAGGAUGAUGUUCUGGCAUCCCUGGCUGUGUGGAACAUCAUCUUGCAAUUCAUGGGUGAAUUGCCAGAGGGAGUGAAGAGCACAAGCAGCAAGAGCAGCUCUGAGGUGACUCAGAUUUAUGAUACCUUUGGCAAGAAGGGCCAGCUACACCGCAUUGGCGAUUACAGUCCUAAUCUGAUAGACAACCGGAGGGACAAGUUCUCCAAGGUAAUUUCAUCUGUGAAACUAAAACAUAGCUCCAAGAUGCCUAGAAAGGUAAGUUAUGUGACUAACGGGGAAAACAUAUUCCAGGAAGAGAGCACUGUAUCUGAUAGAUCUAUGUCUAACCUUGAAAAAGUGCACUUCAUCAUUGGCAAUGCAAUUCAGCGUCCUGCCAUCAGGGAUGAGAUUUACUGUCAGAUCUGUAAGCAGCUCACUGAGAACAACAACAAAACCAGUUAUCUUAGAGGAUGGAUCUUGCUGUCCCUUUGUCUAGGUUCUUUCUCUCCAUCAGACAAGUUUGUUAAGUACCUGCUGAAUUUCAUCCGGAGUGGACCAGUCCUGUACGCAUCAUACUGCUCAGAAAGGCUGAGGCGCACAUACCUGAAUGGAACACGGUCUGAGCCGCCUGGGUGGCUGGAACUGCAGGCAACCAAGAGUAAGAAGCCUAUUACACUCAGUGUGACCCUGAUGAACGGCAGCAGUAUCACCGUUCCUGCAGAUUCAGCCUCCACUGCAAAGGAGAUCUGUCAGCUGAUAGCUGAUAAAAUGAAGCUGAAGGAUACCUUUGGCUUCUCUCUGUACAUUGCUUUGUAUGACAAGGCCUCGUCACUCGGUAGUGGACGGGAUCACAUCAUGGAUGCCAUUUCCCAGUGUGAACAACUGGAAAAGGAAAAGGGAGGCCAUGAGCGCCACACUCCUUGGCGACUGUACUUUAGAAAGGAGAUCUUCACUCCUUGGCACAACUCGAAAGAAGAUCCUAUCAGCACUGAGCUCAUCUAUCAUCAAAUCAUCCGUGGCAUCAGGUUUGGAGAAUACCGCUGUGAGAAGGAGGAAGACUUGGUGGAGAUAGGAGCCAAAUAUUGCUAUGUCAAGUUUGGAGAGACCAUCCAAAAUGAGUUGGUUCAAAACAUACUCCAGGAGUGUAUUCCAACAAAGCUAUUAAAAUCCAAAUCCCUCGAGAAAUGGGUCAGCCUAAUCACGUAUGCUCAUGCUAAGGCCCCUUACACUCAGGACCGGCUUUCCUCUCAGAGUGUGAAGGAGCAACUGGUGAAUUUCGCCCGCUUUCAGUGGCCUCUGCUCUUUUCUAGGUUCUUUGAAGUCACCAAAUUUUCAGGACCCAGUCUGCCCAAGAACCAUUUCAUAGUGGCAAUUAAUUGGAAAGGUAUUUGCUUCCUGGAUGAUUCAGAAAAGAGACUCCUGGAUCUGUCUUUUCCAGAAAUUACUGGCAUCCACACCAACAGGGCGGUCAAGACAUUUGGACAAAGUUGCACCCUUACCACACUGCGUGCCGAAGAGUUUGUCCUGACGUCAGUCAACAGUGUUGCCAUUGCAGAGCUGGUGGUCAUGUUCCUUGAAGGUCUAAAAGAGAGGUCACAGUAUGCUGUGGCAAUGCAGGAAAAUAAGCAGAAAGAUGACUCUACCAUUUUGGCCUUUAAGAAGGGGGAUCUGCUGAUUUUAAACCGAGAGAGAGGACUGGGAGAAAGCCAUGGCUGGAUCCAUGCUCAGAAUGAGCGAACUGAUAGAUCUGGUCUUGUGCCACAAGAUGCCCUCUAUGUCAUCCCUACAGUUACCAAGCCUUCUAGUCAGCUCCUGAGCCUGCUGACGAUGUCGCCAGAACAACGGAGGCUGGCAUCACUAAACUCUCGCAUGGAGGAACCUGAGGAAGAGGAAGUGAAAGUGAAGCCAUAUACUCUGGAGGAAUUUUCCUAUGAACACUUCAGAGUUCCUGAAAAGGAGUCAAUCAGCAAGGCCGUCCUGCACAAGUCCCGUGCACGGAGUCACCUGUGGGCUCACUCUCGAGAGCCCCUGAAGCAGCCCUUGCUGAAGAAAGUGUGUACUAACCCAGACCUCUGGGACACUGCUUGCCAGACCUUCAGUGCUAUCAUGAGAUACAUGGGCGACUACCCCUCAAAGCAGGAGAGAUCUCCUGUUGAGCUCACUGACCAGAUAUUUGUAGCAGCAAUCCAGGAGGAACUUUUGCACGAUGAGAUCUACUGUCAGAUCAUGAAACAGUUGACAGAGAACAACAACAGGUACAGCCUGAAUCGUGGUUGGCAGUUACUGUGGCUCUGCACGGGCCUUUUCCCUCCUAGUAAAUCCCUGCUGAAACAUGCUCAGAAGUUCAUGGAAACUCGUCAGAAGGAGAACCUGGCCUUGGACUGCAGGCGAAGGAUCCAAAGGGUAAUGAGGAGUGGCUCUCGGAAGUGGGCCCCACACAGUGUGGAAGUGGAGGCAAUUCAGAAGAAUAUCACAAAGAUUUUACAUAAGGUUUACUUUCCCAAUGACACAGAGCAAGUGUUUGAGGUAGGAACAAACACAAAAGUACGGACUUUGUGUCAGAUUAUCGCCUCCAAGAUGGAACUGAGUUCCUGGGAAGGAUUUAGCUUAUUUGUCAAGACUGCAGACAAGGUGAUCAGCCAGAAUGAGGCAGAUUACUUCUUUGACUCCUUGAGGCAGGUGACCGAUUGGAUGAGGAAAAACAGGCCAGGCAAAGAGGUGGUUCCCAUCACUGUGAAUUAUCAGGUUUAUUUCAUGAGAAAAUUAUGGCUAAAUGUGACUCCUGGAAAGGACCUGAAGGCUGACUGCACCUUUCAUUACCAUCAGGAACUGCCAAAAUAUCUACGAGGCUAUCACAAGUGCUCAAAAGAGGAUGCCAUCCACUUAGCUGGACUGAUUUUUAAAAUUCAGUAUAACAAUGAUCAAACACAAUAUGCUGCAAUUUCCAAAAUACUGAAGGUACUAGUGCCUGAAAACAUGAUCCGAACAGCAUCUCCAGAGGAGUGGAAACGGAGUAUUAUUUCCGCCUCCAACAAACAUGAACAGAAAACUGUGGAUGAGGCCAAGAUUGCCUUCUUGAAGUACAUAUAUCGUUGGCCAACAUUUGGCUCUGCCUUCUUUGAAGUGAAGCAAGUCUCUGAGCCAAAUUUCCCUGAUAUUGUACUGAUUGCUAUCAACAAACAAGGAGUCUCCUUAAUACAUCCAAAAACUAAGGAGAUUUUAAUAGUGUAUCCUUUCACUAAAAUAUCUAACUGGAGCAGUGGCAGCACAUACUUCCACAUGACGAUUGGGAACCUGGUACGAGGAAGCAGAAUCCUUUGUGAGACAUCUCUGGGAUACAAAAUGGAUGAUCUGUUGACAUCAUAUGUGCACCUGUUAAUGAAUGCUGUAAACAAAAAGAAGAAUUCCCAUCUUCUUGCCUGAAGAUGGCAGUUAUCCAUCACUUGCAGCCAGUGCCAAAUUGACAAUAUUUGGUAUUUUGGAAGAAAUUUUUUUUAACAGUGCACUUCUAACCCAAAACAUCUAGAGGGUCUGGUUGGGGAAGGCUGAUGUAGUACCUUUACACAAAUUCUUUGGGCACUUUUCGGCAGCUAGGAAAAACCAACUGUUGGCUUCCAACCUGUUAUUUGCCAAAGUAGUCUCUUUCAAACCUAGGAUGAAAUGUGCAGUUUUGCAAAUAUAAUAUUUUAUAUGUAGGAUGAGCAUUACAGCAUGCAGCCAAAGAGUGCCACACUUUUUAACAUACUUAACCUUUCACAAAUUCGGCAAGCAGUGUCCAUUGCUGGCAGUGGGUACUUUGAAAUUAUCUGGAAUUGAGGUC